AAUAUUACAUCAUCCUGACGUGCCCUAAUUUGCAAUGGUUGCAGUGACUGGCUGGGACGCUCCUCUGUUUCUUACUCUGGGGGCGGUUGCUGAUGAGAAAACGCCCCGAGAGUUGUAUUAGCGCUAUAGAUACGGUUCUUAAUCUCCCCGCGUGCCUAUUUAGCAGUUCCAAUUUCAACAUGUCGGAACAGCCGGAGCUCGGAGGCCUCAGCGAUGAAGCAGCCUUCAACGUCUGCUCCAACCCGGAUCCCAGUACCAAGGAUUUUCUGUUGCAGCAGACAAUGUUACGAAUAAAAGAUCCUAAGAAGUCACUGGAUUUUUAUACAAGAAUUCUUGGAAUGACAUUGCUCCAAAAGUGUGACUUUCCCACUAUGAAAUUUUCACUUUAUUUUUUGGCUUAUGAAGAUAAAAAUGAUAUCCCAAAAGAUACAAAAGAAAGAACAGCUUGGACUUUUUCUAGAAAGGCUACACUUGAACUAACACAUAAUUGGGGCACUGAAAAUGAUGAAAAUCAAUCUUACCACAAUGGCAAUUCAGAUCCUCGGGGAUUUGGUCACAUUGGAAUUGCAGUCCCUGAUGUAGCUUCAGCUUGUAAGAGGUUUGAAGAGCUGGGAGUGAAAUUUGUGAAGAGACCAGAUGACGGUAAAAUGAAAGGACUUGCAUUUAUUCAGGAUCCUGAUGGCUACUGGAUUGAAAUUUUGAAUCCUAACCACAUGGUGACCCUCAUCUAGUUUUAAAGUAACAUACUAUACAGUAGGUACAAGUCUUCUCCAGGAGGCUGAAAACCAUGUAACACACUCUACUAUUUGAGAUGUAUACUUGAUUGAGAGGGAAUUAACCUCAUCCACAAAUAAUUCUUUACCAAUCCUGUUAGAACCUCAUCUUGCUUGGAUUCCCCUUUA